GUAAAAUGCCUCAUGCUUUUGUUGUCGCAAAAUUGAUACCCCAGCGUUCAGCUAAUUGGACAUCUGGCUAUGGAAUCUUAAAAGCCACUUCCUUAGCAACUCGCCCUUUUCUAGCGCUGCGGAUCUCGCGCACCGACAUCGGGUAUGAUGGUGACCAUUGGUGUGAAGGAGAUUCUGUGUUUGCUAUAUCACCUCAGAAGCCAAUCGGAGUGAAUGAGGGGUGCUACUUUGCUCUUGGAUCAUCACUGGACGAAGGUAGCAGGAUGCUGCAUGUUGAGCCCCCUUUACAUCCAGAAGGGGGGUACUCUCUAUGUCCAUACAUUUCCAAAGCUUCUAGAACAUUUCGAACUCGAGCCGCCAGUCUCUGUGGCUUAUCUCCCGCAUCGACUUGAAGAAUCUAGUUACCUCACCUUCUGUCGUUCGGUCUUGGAUGACUAUGACAAAAUCCUGCAAGAAAAAAUACACGAAUGAGCCGGAUGAACGCUCAUCUGGUGGUAGCGAACCGGUGGGGGACGGAUGGUAUAAGUGGAAACCCUAUGAACAGACGGAAGGGGCGCUCAAACAAAAUGGGUACGUUUUCGAAUAUUUGGAACCACAGAGUUUCGACUUGUCUGCUGUCGAACCACCAUCCAUUUAUCAAGACUUACUUCUGUAUAACCAACUUACUGCAGACUACUCAUGGAUGGGUGUAACUGUUGCUGUGAAUUGGGCUUUGAAGUGGAGAAAUUUUGAUCGUGUGCAUGAAGCUCGACGGAGCAGCCUCCUCCUGCCGGAUUCCUCGUUUAGUGGGAAUGUACCGACCUUCGACGAAAAUAUCAAGGAACCUGCUCUAUUACUCUGGUCGAUAAAGGUUCCCUUUGACGGUGACCCCCCUACAAGUCCUCCAUCGUCAGAUAGUUGGACCUUUGAUAGUGACUCGGAGCCCUGUGGUGAGCUCGACCUCGUCCCAGACUACAUGUCUCCUGUGUCCGCUCCGUCCACCAGAGUUAUUGUUUUUGACCUCUUUGGUACCAUCUUAGAUCGUGACGGUGCCAUAAAUGACGCUAUGCGUCUUCUAUCGCCCACGCAUCCCGACAGACACCGACUGUCUGAAUUGUAUCUCGAAUGCGAACUUAUGAGACACAGAGACAACUCUGACGCACCAUAUACUACCAUCGUGCAGCAAGCUCUGGAGGAUGUCUGCAUUUUUCUAGAAGUGCCGCUGAGCGAAGUCGUACUCCGCGAAGCUGUCCAGGCUAUACUGCAACCUGGUUUAUAUGCAGAUGCAGAAGCAGCUGUAGGGAUGUUCCUGGAUCAGGGUCACGCGCUGAUUGGUCUUCCGAUCCCGGACGCGAAGUCAUUUUCACUUCCCCAACUUCCAUCUGGUCUCAAUAUUGACGAUGAACCUGCGCCCCUUUCGAACCUCUUUAGCCAAAACCAUUCCACAUUUUCGAGCUUCUUGGAGCGCUGUCGCUCAGCAUGCAGUACCGCAGAAAAGAACCAAGUUCUUGUAACGACAGCCAGUUGUCAUCAAGUGAUGGAACCGGCAAGCAUGGCAGGUUUCCCAACGGUUCUUGUUCGACGUCCUGGAGACCUGGGAUCGAGAGUCGACCUCAGGACAAGUCACCCCACCCUAUUGAUAGACGGAUUGCAAGCUCUACCGGUAAAGCUGCAAAACACCUCGCUUGUCCAUUGUCCUUCACCGCCUCGGAUGCAACCACCUAUUGGCUCUCUAAUGCCAUUGCGCGUCCGUGGCAUGUAUCAGAUGACGAAAUCGCUUGGAAUGGGAAGCUCUGGACGUGUGACGAGUGCUUUCCAUGUUCUCACAGGCUCAGAAGUUGCACUCAAAUCAGGGACUGCAUCGGAGGACACACCAGACAUGCCUUGCGUAGUGCGUUACGAAGCUCUGGUGUAUAGCCUCCUGCGCGGUCACCCAGGCAUACCAUCAUGUAAAUGGAGUGGUCUAGAACAAGGAUCAUAUGUCUUGAUUCUCGAACAACUAGGUGCGAAUCUCGAACAGCUCCGCAGACUGUCCAGGGGCGAGCUUCCUUGGAAAACCGUAGUUAUGCUCGGAGUCCAAAUGUUCAACAGAAUCGAAUUCGCCCAUUCGCGAGGAGUCAUCUUGCGGGACAUCAAGCCUGGAAAUUUCGCGAUGGGCGUCGGGGAAAAGUCUCACAUCGUCUAUCUAUUCGACUUUGGUUUGGCGAAACUUUACGUUGACCCAUCCACAGGAGCACAUAUACCAUACCGUGAAGACCGCGUUGCAUUGGGGACCAUGCCGUAUUUGAGCUACAAUGUGGAUUUCGGACGAGAACAAGGACGGCGAGACGAUCUUGAAGCAUUGGGUAACGUCCUACUAUAUCUAUUACAUGGCCGUCUGCCCUGGGAAGAUAUCUACGCACAAAGCAAAGAGGCCCAAUUGCGUCGAAUUGGUGAGAUGAAAGCUGGAUCAGCAUUUCGUGACCUGCUUGCGCGUUCUCCAUCUGAGUUCACAACGUACUUCGAUCACUGCCGUGGUUUGAAGUUCGAAGAUAAGCCGAACUACGCGUUGUUAAGACAGUUGUUCAGCCAGAUAAUGGAGAGGGAAGGGUGGGCGGGAGAUGCGAGGUUUGAUCCACUGGAUGGAAGUUCCGACAAAGGUACACUGGUGCCCGAAGAGUAUAAGUUCGAUGCCCGAUUACAAAGGGAGAUUUGACCACGCUACAGGUCAUGAUCCCUCGCUCUCUUUGGCUGAGAAAGAAAGCCUCGAGACCGUAAAGGUAAAGGAGAAAGUCAGACGUCCCGUAUUGGACUUGAAUUCCGCUGCGUUCAACUAACUCAACUCACCUGCUCACAACAUCACGAUGUAUAUAUACUAGCUAUCACGAAUAUUAGGUCGCACGAUGGCUGUCGUAGCGGUAAAAC